AUGAACCGCGAUCUCGGAACGCUGGAUUUUUCACGAAUAGAGGCCAGCUCAAGUAUCCCAUUAUUUGCUAAUAGGCUGUGCAUAAAUCAGCUUUUUGACAGCCAUCUUGCGGUUGAACAUAUGAAGCGCAGUACAAAGCACUGGCGUCAGCUUCGAAAUUUUUACACAUUCCAAUUUUAUAUGCCUGUGCUCGCCAGCUCAUAG